GGGUGGCCCCGCUCCUGCCGGCCCGGCUCCGGGAGGGAGCCAGGCGGGGCGGGGCAGGGCAGGGGUCCCGGCGCCGGUCGCGGGCAGGGGGCGGGAGAGGCGCCCCGGCUCGCUCCCAGCUGCUCUGCUGAAUCACUGCGCCGGGGGGGGGGGGGGUCCCCGCCGCGGCCUCUGGUGGCAGGUGGCGCUUCCGAGUGCAGGUCCCGCGGGAGCCAAAGCGCACCGGCAAAACCCAGCCGUGGUCGCCGGCCACGACCGCGGGGCCGGCGGGACAGGCCGGGCGGGGUCUCUGCUUUCGGCUCCUGGCGUGAGUCGAGGGCGAGGCGGGGCCGUGCGCUUCUCCAGCAGCUGCCGGUUACGGGGGAAGUCUGGAACUGGACCGAGAGCAGGUGUUGGGGAGGAAACUGCAGGAGCUUGUAGUGAAGCAGCUAGGCGUGGGGGAAUGAAAAUGCCGCGGGGCUGGCGUGAGCGUGUUUUUUUCCUUCUGCCUGAGGUGAGGUGUAAACAUAGUGAAAAGAAACUAAGGAAAAGCAAGAAUACAUUAAUCUGUAAUAAACUGCCGUAGUCAUUGUAAGCUUGACGUAUUUCGAAGGUGCUGCGUGCCCCCUUGAGUGAAGCAAAUCUGCUGAAUUACCAGAGGGUUUGGUACCUUGUUUUCUGAAGACAGCAUCUCCUCCCUGCCCUUUCUCAGCUAAGGUGGCAUGGUGCUGUAUCAUCUUGGUUUUGCUCUACACACUGUGGUGUCACUGCACUGUUUUGUGGAGCAGAGUCAUUGCUUGUUCUAGUUUAGUUUUUGUCAGUUCAAGUGACUCCGUGAUAGAGAUUUACCACAAAAACUUGCCUUUCAAAUUCAGUGACUGGAUCAGGAGCAGGGAGGUACUCCACGGAUGUAACGUAACUGCGCAGAGCUGGAGUUUUGUCUCAUCCUUGGAGAUCUAAAUGUCAGAGACAAGGAUCUUGCUGAGUGGGUGCUGUGUUGGGAUACGUCUGCGUCUCGUCUCUGCUGUCUGGACACAGGCUGGUCUCCUUGUGUCAUCCGUUUGCGUUGUGCGUCUCGCUGCGAUGCUAGCUCUGCCAGUUGAGGCUGCGUACAUGCUGCUGGCCCCCAAAAGCCUGACCUUUUGAAAGCCGUUCUGCUUAAACCCAGAGUUUGGGCAUGGUAGCAGAGUCCAGAGAGAUGGGAUGUGUUGCGUUAUACUGUGGUGAAUGACACUGACCUUGUUUGCCAGGAAUGAGAAGGGCAAGUAAAUUUUUGUUCAGAAUUAACUGCGAACCUUUAAUUGUUUGAGAAUGUAGUACUCUGCCUUGGGUUAAUCUUCAUACAUCUUUUUGCUGGGUGACUGUAGGCUGAAGUAUGUUAGUAAAGAGGUUCGUCUUUACUUACAAGUGGAAUUCUCAGUAAAUAUGUGUGUCUUUAAUAUGUAAAAAUAAAAUCUGAAAAGCUGCGCCCCACUCGAAACAGACUGUCCUAAACUUUCAGCGAUUCUAGCAGAGAUGCAGACUCCUGUAUAGGGAAUAAAGGCUAACUGGCAACUGGCUUCUCUCUCUGUGCAUCACUCACCAUGUGGUCCACAGGCCACCUUUGGAAAGCCUCCGCUGGUGCCUGGAGUUGCUCUUUUUUUUUUUUUUCCCCCCUCUUCCCCCUGAGUUGCAUAAACCAGGCUGUGGAAUUUCCCGUGCCGCUCUCGCGUGGAGGGAGUCCCCCUGUUAUGUAAGUUGGCAGUUCAGCAUCUUCUAGGAAGUUGUGGCAUGAACCACUUCUUGAUUUGCUUUUGUUGGAGCAUUGUUGAAAAUGUGUUUGAUAUCCUCUUGCUUGUCCCUAAAGAGAUUUCUUUUGAAAGUUUGUAUGUGUUUGUGAAGUGCACUUGCACUCUUUCUCUGUAGAUUAGUGUUCUUGCUAUCAAUUGCAGUUCUUCACUAUUGAAUUAUUAACUCCACAGUGAGGGGUUUUUUUUUUUCAUAUUAUUCAUUGACUUUCAUGCUUGAUUUAUUCUUCUGCAUAAUCUGAAACUGGAAUAUGGGAAUUCUGACUAAUGUUACUGGAUCACAUGUAUGACCUCAAUGCAGGCUAAAUAAAGUUUUUAAUUGGGAGAAAGACAUCUGUCUUUAAAAGUACUCGCCGUUUUCCAAGUGAAAGGUAGUCUGUUUGCGAACAUUUAUUAUCCUUAAAGAUGCAUUGCUUGUUAUUUAACAAAACUGGGAUGGUUGGAACAGCCGGUGAAGCGAUUACAGUGCUCUGGAGACAGCCCUGUGGGUAGCGUGAAGGGAGAUGCAGGGAAAUGCUUGUUUGUAGGUUCUUCUGCUAAUGUGGCUUUGCAGCUGAAUGCAAGAUGUGCGGAGAGCCUGCCUUUGACUAGAAAGCAUUCCCCUUGGUUGUUCUUGUAGGUACUUACAGUCUGCCAUGUUUUGUCCUUUGUUUUGUGUUUUUUGUGUGUGCUUUUUCCUGCAGGGAGAAAAUAGGAGGCGAAUCGUGUAUCCUUUCAGAAACCUUCCGUUAAACUUGAAGUGCCACAGUUCAAGCAAUUGAACAGAUGGAUAAUGGAGACUGGGGAUAUAUGAUGACUGAUCCAGUCACGCUAAAUGUGGGUGGACACAUGUAUACGACAUCCCUCACAACCCUAACAAGAUAUCCUGACUCAAUGCUUGGGGCCAUGUUCAGGGGAGACUUCCCCACUGCCAGGGACUCUCAGGGCAAUUACUUUAUUGACAGAGAUGGACCACUUUUCCGCUAUGUUCUUAACUUUUUAAGGACCUCAGAGCUGACUUUGCCACUGGACUUCAAGGAGUUCGAUCUACUUCGAAAAGAAGCGGACUUCUAUCAGAUUGAACCACUAAUUCAGUGUCUUAAUGACCCCAAGCCACUGUAUCCUGUGGAUACCUUUGAGGAAGUGGUAGAGCUGUCCAGCACGCGGAAGCUUUCCAAGUACUCCAACCCUGUGGCUGUGAUCAUCACACAACUAACUAUCACCACAAAAGUCCAUUCAUUACUGGAAGGCAUUUCAAACCACUUUACAAAGUGGAAUAAGCAUAUGAUGGACACCAGGGACUGCCAGGUUUCCUUCACUUUUGGGCCAUGUGAUUACCACCAGGAAGUGUCGCUCCGAGUCCAUCUGAUGGAGUACAUCACAAAGCAAGGCUUCACGAUCAGGAAUACGAGAGUUCAUCAUAUGAGCGAGCGUGCCAAUGAAAACACAGUGGAGCAUAACUGGACUUUCUGUAGGUUGGCACGGAAAACAGAUGACUGAUCCCAACUCUACAGGAGCCAUUUCAGUGGUUAGCAACUUAGUUGAACAAUAAACUCGAGAGAGUCUGGAUUUUGAUGAAAGAAACAAUGUGGGCUUUCUUUUUUUUCUUUCUUUUUUUCUUUUUUUAUACGACUAUUUAUUGUUAAUCUUUAAGAACUGGAGGAGUUUCGUUCUCUAGCAGCUCUGUCUCUUUGUCCUGUCCAGAAAAAAACAUGCAUGUGCCUGUUGAGUCAAGACACCUUUUUUGUUUGAAAGAGGGAGUCGAAGAAUUAGUACAAUAGGGUAUUUUGUGUCAUUAACACAAUUCUCUGACGCAACUUAAAGUGCUAAAAUUACCUCUGUUUAAAUGGUUUCUAAUCCUUCUAAUGCUAUGCCACUGGGAGUAAGAAACAAACAGAAUUUAAGAUGCAGUUGGAGAAAAGCUGCUAUCAUGUAGACUAAUUUAGUUUCUAAAUCAAUAAACAGUAUUGUAAUAUUCUAGGAAAACAGAUCCCACCCUUUAAAAGUACUUGAUAAGUACAGUUUCUUACAGUUAUGACAACUGUUUCUUUCUAUGCAUAUAAAUCAAGCAACCAAAUAUUAUCUGUAGCCAUGGAAAUAUGAUUAGAUAUAUUUAUAUUGGAUUCUGAAUGCAAAAUGUCCCUGUGGUAGAAUUCAUAUUUUUAAUGCCUGGUGCAAUAUUAUUCCCAAGUGUAAUGCCUGCCAGCAAGAAGCUAAUAAAAAUGUGAAAUAUAGAA